UUUUUGAAGGAUCGUCAUUCAACAACUUCAUCGAAUCCUCGUUUACGUGAGUUUGGUCCAUGGACUGAACAGUACAGUUCCUCAGGGAAACGCUACUUUUACAAUCGCGAAACUGAGGUCUCACAAUGGGAAAAACCGGUGGAAUGGCGUGAAUACGAGAAAUCACUGGCUGACAAUACGACAAGUCAUAGUCCAAUAUCAUCAUCUUCCGGAGCUCGAGCUGCUGCAGCCUCAAGCAGUGUAAAUUAUUCGUCAUAUGCCCAGCAACGCCAACAACCACAACCGCAGUACGUCACUCAAACGUCAACUACACCAUCGUCGAAUCUCAUUUACGAUGAUCCAUCUAAAAGUGGUAAUCUUCGAAAGACAAAGUCAAAUCGCGACGUUUUAGCGCAACAAUAUGCUCAGCAACAGCAGCAGCAACAGAUUCAGCAGCCCCACACCCAGGUCCAUCCACAACCUCAGCCGCAUCACCAUCCAAGCCAAGCUCAGCCCCAAAUGCAGGCCCAGCCCCAGCCUCAGCCUCAGAUGCAUCCGCAACUCCAGCAAGCACAACCUCAACCGUCAAGAAAUAAGCGUCCAGCACCGGAUGUAGACGAAGAUGAUAUGAUUGGACCGGUUAUAUUUAACGAAGAGCAGCAUCGACGUUUCUUCAGACCCGAUCUGGUGAGUUAUAUCCGACGAUGGCCAAGUGAAGAAUACGAGCAGUCAGCGUGGAAAGCGGACGGAAUAAUUCAUAAUUUAACACUGCAAAUACUGAACGUUUCGUGUGAUCUGAAGUGUGCCAGAUCGUUGGUGAAAACCGCGGAGAUGAGAUCUUCACUGCUCUCGCAGAAACUCACCUUUCUGGCCGAUCACCAGAGACAACUGGAGGCCACAUUCGCGUUGCCGUCACUGCCUUCAGCCUCGACAACAUUUUGA